AUGGAACGAAAACGACAACGAAAUGGCGUGGUUGAGAAUAAUCAUAGUAAUAAAAAACGGAAAUUACGAAAUAAAAUAAGAACAACUAAUACAAAAUUUAGAUCGCGAUUUGAAGAUUUAGCAAAUGAAAUUCUUUAUGAAAUAUUUGAAUAUCUGGAUAUUUAUCAUGUUUAUCGAUUAUUCUUUGAUCUUAAUAAACGUUUUAAAAAUUUAUUAAUAGAUUCUAAUCAUUCUAUUCAAAUUAAUGUUUCGCCAAUGUCAAAAUCAAAUUUCGAACAUUAUUAUAACGAUAUUAUUCUAUCAAAUAAACAUCGAAUAAACUAUUUUCGUUUAUCAAAUCCAUUUACUGUUGAUAUUGUUUUUUCACCACCACGAAUUAUUACCAAAUUUGUUCGUCUUGAAACUUUAAUUUUUGAUAAUAUUGAUGCAAAAUAUCUUCAUAACAUUCUUAAUCAAUCAAUUCAUUUAACUAAAUUACAUUCAUUAGUUCUUAAUCUGAUUGGCCGUGUACAAGAUCCAGAUAAACUUUUCUUUUAUAUAUUUCGUUUACCUAUAUUAAAAUAUUUUAAAAUAACAUGUGACACAAAAGAAUCACUAUAUUUGGAGGUUAAUUUUGAUAAAUGUAAAACUAGUUCUAUUGAACAUCUUGUGAUUAAUUGUGGUUUUGUAACUCAUUCAUUUAAUGAUUUAUUAUUACAUCUUCCGAAACUUCGUUAUUUAUCAAUUAGUAGUCUUGUUGGAUAUCCUUAUGAAAACCUGAAAUUAUCUCAUAUUUUAUUAAAAGAUUUUAAAUAUAUUUCUCUUAAUAUUUAUAAUGUUUUGUUUAAUGGAUUUGAAUUAUUAGUAAAGCAUUAUUUUCGUUCUAUUGAAGUUUUACGUAUUACAACAAGAAUGGAUCAAUCAUAUUUAGAUGCAAAACGAUGGGAACAAUUAAUCUUAUCUUCUAUGCCAAAUUUACUUGUUUUUGAUUUUAAACAUGAUAAUCAUGUAUAA